GUUAUGAGUUACGUCAUGACUGCAAUGAGGUUACUUUUCCUUUUCAAUUUAGAUCUAAUUUCCAAUAGUCUUAUACAGCUUAUAUAACAAAAGUAUAAAGUGUGUUUGUUUUUGUUUUUUUAUUAUACAUCGAUUUCUCAAGUGACAUUGACCGUUUCCACUUCUGAUCUCCUGGCUGAAAAGUGACCAACGGAAAUGUCCAUUUCAAAACAACAGGUCAAGAUCAACAAUCUGCUCGAUAACUCGUAUCACACAGAUACAUUGCAUCUCAAAACUUUCUCGAACAUCUCUUGCAACUCCAAGAGAUGUAUGGGUUCGCUGAUGCAAGUAGACGCUGACCAUCUUUCUGACACUCCCAGGACAAAGGAAGAGCUCCUGUCUCACGCGACCGACUUUAUAAACCAGUAUUAUGAUGACAUCAAAAGACAGAAUACACCUGCUCAUCAUAAGAGACUAAAAGAAGUCCAGCACUGCAUCGAGCGGAACGAAACGUAUGAGCUUACAUUUGCUGAGCUCUCAUUCGGCGCCAAAACGGCCUGGAGAAAUGCACCUCGAUGUAUUGGUAGAAUUCAGUGGAGCAAACUCCAGGUGUUUGACGCUCGACAUAUUAACACGCCCCUGGAGAUGUACCUUGCCUUGUGUAAUCACAUUAAGUACGCUACCAAUGGCGGAAACUUAAGGUCUUCUAUAACCGUGUUUCCCCAACGUAUGAAAGGCAGACAGGACUUCCGUGUCUGGAAUGGCCAGUUUAUAAGGUAUGCGGGCUACAAAAUGGACGACGACACGAUCGUGGGAGAUCCAGCGAGUUUGGAGUUUACUGAACAAUGCAUCAAACUUGGCUGGAAACCCAAAUACGGGAGAUUCGACGUCCUGCCUCUUGUUGUGUCCGCCCCUGGCUCUGAGCCCCAUUGUUUUGACAUUCCAGAAGACAUUGUUUUAGAAGUGAAAAUCAAACACCCUAAGUAUCCUUGGUUCGCUGAUUUGAGACUUCAGUGGUUCGCCCUACCUGGUGUCUCCAAGAUGCUGUUCGACUGCGGAGGUCUUGAGUUCACGGCUUGCCCUUUCAACGGCUGGUACAUGGGCACGGAGAUCGGUGCCCGGGAUUUCUGUGACGCUAACAGAUAUAAUUUAUUGGAGCCGAUUGCUGAUAAACUUGAACUGGAUACUACAACGACGGCAUCACUAUGGAAGGACAGGGUUUUAGUGGAAGUCAACAUAGCGGUCCUCUAUAGCUAUCAAUGCGCAGGAGUGACAAUAUCGGACCACCAUGAGGCCAGCGAGUCCUUCAUCAGACACAUCAAGAACGAACAGAAGCUCAGGGGUGGCUGCCCCGGCGACUGGGUAUGGGUGGUGCCACCCAUGAGCGGCUGUGCUCUGGAGGUCUUCCACCAAGAGAUGCUGCUCUAUAAACUGAAGCCAUCAUUUGAAUAUCAGGAUGACCCUUGGCACUCUUUGGAAGUUUCAACGAUCCUACCACGAGAAUCAAAGAGAAGAAGCUCUUUUAAGACAAUAGCCAGAGUUGUGAUGGAAUUUUCGAAACUAUUGAAUCGCGCCAUGGUAAAGAGGACCAGGUGCCUGAUUCUGUACGCCACAGAGACUGGGAAAUCUGAAAACUUUGCAAGAAGUUUGGCAGAGAUUUUCAGUCAUGCAUUUUUGGUCAAGGUUGUCUGCAUGGAAGACUAUGACAUCAUUGAACUGGAACACGAGUCUUUGGUUUUGGUGGUGGCCAGUACGUUUGGGAACGGCGAGGCGCCUGAAAAUGGAAAGGAGUUUGUUAAAAAUUUACAAAUGUACAGAUCAACGGCUUCAAAUGAAAGUAAACUGGAAGACUUUAAGUCUAUACAAAAGUUUAACUACAGGAAAAGCCAUGGAACACUGACAUUUCCCAAGCCGUCCAAACGACAAAGACCAUCCCUUUUUGACGAGCCUGCUCGGUUUUCAAACUUCAGGUUCUCAGUGUUUGGUCUGGGGUCCAAAGCCUACCCUCAGUUCGCCGCCUUUGGUUAUUACGUUGAUAAUCUUUUCGAAGCGCUGGGCGCCGAGAGGCUCCUACCUAUCGCCACAGGGGACGCCCUGUGUAAGCAGGAGUACAGCUUCAGAAAAUGGUCGGAGCGUAUCUACAAGUCUUCGUGUAAAGCAUUCUGUCUGGAUUUGAACCUCAGUACAGACGCUCGCAAUAUCGGCAACAGUUUCUGGGCUCCUGAUAAAUUUAAAGUCACUAUCAGUUCUAACACCUCAAAGCAGGAUUUGUGCGAAAUUUUGUCCAAAUUUCAUGGUAAAAAAAUUGUCCCGUGUACCACACUAGACAGGAUACAGCUUCAGUCGCCAGACUCACCUCGGCAGACGUUUCUGAUGAAACUGGACACUCACGGAGCUAUGGAACUGAUGUACUCUCCAGGUGAUCAUAUCGGGAUAUUUCCAGCCAACUCCUCGGAGUCUGUGGAUGCCAUCUUGGAGCGCGUGGCUGCUUGUCCAAACCCGGACAAAAAUAUCGAGCUCCAUGUUAUGAAUGAAACCGUUGACCUUAAAGGUUUAAGUAAAACCUGGAAGCUAUAUGAAAAAAUGCCGUUGUGCAGUUUGAGGACCGCUCUGACGUACUUGCUAGACAUAACCACAAUGCCGUCUCAGGACUUUCUGCUGGCCAUGUCUUUUAUGGCUUCCAAUGAACAGGACAAAGAUAGACUAAACCAACUGUGCACGAACCAAAAAGCCUACGAGCAAUUUAAGUUUCACCAGAACCCAACUCUGCUUGAUGUGCUGAACCACUUCCCCAAGGUCAAGGUCCUCCCAGCUCUGCUCCUCACCAUGCUGCCUGCGUUACAACAGAGAUACUACAGCAUCAGCAGUUCCCCGCAAAUGUUUCCCGGUCAAAUUCAUGUAACUGUAGCAGUAGUUGCGUACUCUUUGCAAGAUGGUUCGGGCUCAGUCCGGGAAGGUGUUUGUUCCAACUGGCUCAAUCGAUGUCCACCAAAAACUGUGGUGCCGAGUUUUGUUAGAUCGACAUCGACAUUUCACUUACCAGACCAACCUUCUGUCCCGGUGAUAAUGGUCGGGCCUGGUACAGGGUUAGCUCCCUUCAGAUCUUUCUGGCAACAGAGGAAGAUUGAUAUGCUUAUGCAUACAAAGAGUGGUGCCCUUGAAGAAAAGAAAGAUUUUUUUGGAGACAUGAUAUUAUACACUGGGUGCCGGAAGUCGAACGAAGAUAAUAUCUAUAAAGCGGAGCUGGAAGCCAUGAAGAAAGAUGGCGUCCUGACCAAAUACAGCGUCGCCUUCUCUCGAGAGCCUAACAGUAAAAAAGUUUACGUUCAAGAUGACCUGCUCCGAGACGCGGCCUUAGUCUACCGGAUCAUUGAAGAAAAAGGCGGUCAUCUCUACAUCUGCGGCGACGUCAUCAUGGCGGAAAAUGUAAUUGAGACUCUAGGAGUAAUUGUAGAACAGCAUGGACGGAUGUCUGAGAAGUCAGCCUUGGAAUACUGUGAAGAUCUCAAGGAAACCAAUCGACUGCAUAAAGAUAUAUUUGGCGUCAGCUAUGCUGUCACAAGGAGAAAAUCUUUGAAAUUUAUUGAAGAGAUCCCCUCUGCUGCCAACACCGAGGGUUCCGAGCAAUCGGAACAAGAAGGACAGCCACAGGAAGUGUCUCGGCGUUCACACCAAACUGCUCCGGUGGAGACUAUUUCUCGCAUUGAGUCGCCAGCAGCCGCGGGGACAGUUCCAAUCCUACCUGUCAUCUUGCUUGUAACUCUGGCAAUAGUUAGCUUCUUUGUCCUAUCUUUUUUUUACUAAUGGAUAACAAUAUUGGUAUCUCCUUGUCUUGUACUACUGCAUAGUCUGUUUAUUAUCCCAGUUUACUCAUUCUGUCAAUAAUUUAAGGUUCGACCGUGUGUUUUGAAUAUGAUGUUUUGUUAAGGUAAAAAUAAUAGUGAAAGCUGUUCUAAGUUCAUUAACCACUGCUAUGUUAAACAGAUUGGACUGACAAGAGAAUGUUUGCAUUCAUAUUAUCCCUAACAAAUCAAGAUUCUAACAAUAUUUGUUCUUUUAUCUUUUUUUCUUCUCUAGACUCUAAAUUUCAAAGUUAGUAAUUUGUAUAAUAUAUGAUUAUGUAUUGACUAAAACUAAAGACUAUAUAGUCACACCCUCUGUUUGUUUAGUUUUAUACUUUGAAUAUAGAAGAAAAGAUUACUCUGUUUGACUCCAUCACUCACUGACUGAAAGAUAUUUUUUUUAUUUAAAACUUUCCAAUUUAAGAUAAGAUAAUUUUAUUGAUCCAAUUAAAUGGAAAUUCAGUUUUGACUACAAUGAAAU